GUGUGUGCGUCGCUGUGGCCGUUCAGACGCUGGGCUUCAAUGUAGAUGCCUUCCGCGACUUGGUCACGCGUGUGGGAGGUGGUGAGGACACCACUUUGGCGGGCCUGUUCGGCGUCCUCGAGUCCGACCUUGAGACUGCCAUUGCAGACGCGAAGAGGGAAGAACAGCCGGCGUCGACGGGUGUCCGCGGCUGGGAGCUCAGCACUGUGAUCAUCCAGGGCGACUGGCCGGAAGACCGCAUGCUCGGUAAGGCCACGCUCAAGGAGAUCGACGAAGUUUUCGCGGCCACCAACGGCGGCCCCACAGCAGACUACGAGGACACGUCCCUGGAGCAGACAUCCGCCUGGGCCUUCUUGUUGGCGCAGGACGAGGCCCCCUACACCGACUUCGGCAUCUGGGGCCCCUUCGGGAGGCGGACCGCCAAGUUCCUCAGCUUCCGCGCCCAGGUCUUCAUCGCGGGCGAGUGGGUGACCAAGGUCGUCCAUGGCCCGCCGGAUUUCACGGCGUGGCGCCGCGGCUGGAGGGUCUUCCGCACGGCAGCCCUGAAGCUCGGCCUCAGCGUGGCCGGCCCGCUCGAUGCCUACGAAGAUGGCGUGCGCACCGUCGCGAAGUCGUUCCCAGACAAAUGGGGGCUGAUCUGCGUGGUAGAGGACCACAUGCGAUCAGAGCGCUGGGAACGUGUGCGGGUCCUCGAACGUUGCGUCACCGCGGGCACCCUGAACCAGUGCUGGGGCCCCGACAA